AAUUGUCGCGUAAGUUACCAGCAAUUGGGGGCUUCGGGGCAGAGGCUGUGGCGCAUGCGUGUCCGAUAUUCGUGAGUGUAUACAGCGGUCUGUACUGCGCAGGUAGGAGAAUGUUCCGUCGCUCCGAUAUAGUUUAAUCGCGUCGUUUCCGUUCUUAUCAACUUGAUAUAGUUUGUUCAGGUUGUUACGACGUGUGAGUUCUUUAAUAAGCGCCGUCGAAUUGCCUUUUGUCCCCAUAAAAAAAUCGUUUAUGUUUGUGUGUGAUUGUUGAUUUUGAAAUCCAUAACGAGCUAUUUUAGUGAGUGCCAUCGAAUUCUUACAUUUCCCGCUAUCGCCGUAAUGAGGUGUGCUUUUGCUUGCGGCAGCACAAGCAGCAGCACCGAAACCGGCAGCAGCAGAAGUAGCGGGAGCAGAAGUUCGGCAUGAAAUGGAAGCGGCCAUACGCUCAUCAGUGCAGGUUGGUGGUCCACCACCCACAUCAGGUGGUCAACAGCAACAACACCACCACCAACAACAGCAGCAGCAGCCGCAGCAACGUGGCGGUAAUCCGCAGCAACAAUCGCACUUGCAUGAUAAUGGACCAUCGCCACAACAACAACAGCAUCAGCAGCAGCAGCAGUAUCAUCAACAACUUAGCAAUCUACCCACACACCAUCAUCAACAUCACCAACUACCGCAAGCGCAGCAAUCAGCUGCACAGCAACAACAACAAAAUAGUAAUAGCGGUAGUAACAGUGCGCAACAGCAGCAUCAACAGCAACAACAACAGGCUAAUAUGUCAGCUUAUCAACAGCGCAUGGCGUCCGGUCCGUCGCAGAUUCACAGGUAAAUAAUGUUCACUCAACUUUUCUUCCACUGUAUGCAUAUUUGUCCGUGUAAGUAUUAAAUUUAUUGCAAAAUAUUUAUUUGAAAGCAACCCCAAGUUUACAGAUUUGAGAUAAUAAAACAUUUCAAUCGAUAGUUAGCAGCGGCCUUAGUAGUGUAUUAAGCUGACUUAGGCUAAGUAUUGAAUAAUUCACACUGUUAUUAUAAAUUGAUACUGUCAGCCAUGUAUUAGUAUAUUUUUUUAACUCUUUUAUAUUAUAUUGCACAACUAAAAUUUUCAAAUAUAAAUAAAGAGGCAUAGAUUAAUAGUAUACACGGGUUGGAAGAAUAGCGCAACCUUUCGCCACGCGAUCACGGGCAUCCCCGAAUAAAGGAUCUCAAUUUGAAGAUUCGGCGAU